AACAGAUGUUUGGAUGCAUUUUUCAAUACCGUUCGUUCUUCCACUAGGUGAUGGUUCGAUAUUUUCCAAAUUUCUCCGGUAGUGCAGUAGAAUAAUCGAUCAUUCAACCGUGAAGCAGAGUAAUCAGGUAUUAUUUUGUAAGGUAAAAUAGUGGAAACCGAAAUUUGAAACCGGUUAUGGCAGAGAUCAUUGAAUAUCUGAAAAGUCCGGAGCUGGUGGUGAAAGUGCAGGAGUUUUUCGGUAUCGAAUAUUUACACCGCAAGGAUCGAGGAAAAACGGAUUGGACCGGAGAGAAAGGAGGUCAGUCUGUGGGAAACGGGAAUGCAAGGCUUCCUUCGUCGGGGCCGGAAGAGGAUGAUAGCGUGGGCGGCAGUAGUAGCAGUUCCACCGGAAAUGAAUCCGAUGAGGACAGGAAGGAGAUGAAGCCGUAUCGCAUUACCAAUCAGUUUUGGUAUUGGGUUUUCAUCAUCGGAACCGAGUUGGGGGAUGAAAUUUUCUAUGCCACCUUUAUUCCGUUUUGGUUCUGGAAUAUUGAUAGUGCCGUUGGCCGCAGGGUUGUUAUGCUGUGGUCUGCGACUAUGUAUGUCGGUCAAAGCUUGAAGGACGUUAUCCGGUGGCCUCGGCCGGGUUAUCCCGUAAGUCGUCUCCAGAAAAAAUGGGCCCUCGAAUAUGGAAUGCCGUCGACCCAUGCCAUGGUAUCGGUUGCCAUCCCUUUUUCCGUUUUGAUCUACACUCAUGAAAGAUACAUCUAUUCGCUACCUGCUGGGCUGGCUUUUGCUAUCGUUUGGUGUGCUGUCAUUUGCCUCAGCCGAUUGUAUCUGGGAAUGCACAGCGUUCUAGAUAUAAUUGCCGGGUUGAUCCUGGUCUUAGCGCUGAUGGUUCCUUUGAUUCCUUUGGUAGAUUGGUUGGAUGAUAUCAUAGUCAAAGGUCGAUGGUCCCCGAUCUUUGUUUUGUCCCUUUCGAUACUGAUAAUUGUGUUCUACCCUGAUUCCGGAAUGUGGACUCCUACUAGGGGCGAUACGGUUCUCACGGUGAGUGUUUGUGCGGGAAUUGAAGUCGGCGCCUGGUUGCACUACAUUCUUGGGGAUUUCUCGGCCCCAGCGAGUCCUCCGCCGUACGAAAUAAUUUGGCCAUCGUAUGCCAUGCUAGGUAUGUUACUACUUCGCACCGUGUUGGGCCUGUGUUGUGUUGUAGCAACUCGUGCUUUCGGCAAGUCCCUAUCGUAUGCCUUUGUAUGCUUCCUGCUGGGUCGAGAUAAAAACGAGCUUCGUCAAUCGGCAAACACGCUAGAAAACAAGAACAAAAUCAUCGUAGAACUCUCGUACAAGUUCUUCACUUACGGUAUGAUCGGUUUUAAUACCCAGUAUCUGCUGCCGAAUGUGUUCAAAUUACUGCGAAUAGGACGCCCGGACUUCUACACCGAAAUAUGAGAAUCUUAGAAGGUUCGAAACCAAAAUCACAUUCCAUCCGGUACUUUUAAAGCAUCGAACAACACAUCACAAACGGUAACAAACAACUUUUGGAACGCAAAGUUUAUUCACAAUUCAUGAACUAUAAGUUAUGCUAAGUAGUACGCACUUUCUGAAUCAGUAGUUAAGAAUAGGUAUAAAGUUUGGUUAAAAACAAACAUCGCUACUUUGUAGCUUUCUCUAGAACCUCCACUUUGGCUAUGAGCACAUCGUAAAACAGUCAUCUGAACUGAAUCAAUAAUUGCUACCGAAUGCAUUAAUGUACUGGUUUAAUUUAAAAAAAAAUUAAGACUAUUGGUAAAAAAAUAUCUCAAUAUUGAAAUUUAAGUUCAGUUACUCUAAAUUCAAUGUGAGUUUUGAAUUUUGAAAAUCUUUUUUAAUUUAACCUGAUCAUGUUUUUUCUUGGAGACUUACAGUUAGAAAUGUACCUUCAAAAUUGAAAUAGUAUCGGUAUAGUAAAACAGUUAUCUUCGUGUAUAUUUCUAUAUUUCGUAUACCUAAUUUCGCUAUAAACUGCGGUUGAGUUGUCACUAUUGUUUUAAGUCGAGAAUGGAGCAAUGGGGUAAUGCACUCACUGUGAGUGUUCUUCAAAAAGUGCGCUCAUUUCAGUUUUAUUGUUUCAGGGACAACUAGUUUAUUCAAUAGUUCCCAUUUAUUUUAUUACGUCAGGGCAACUUUUUUGCGAUUAAAAAUGGGACUUGUAAGUAGAGCUUCUUAAAUUAAGAUAUAGAAUUGGACCAACGAUGUUUUCUCGGAAAGUUUUUUAGCAAGAGUCAGCCAACACUCGGCCGUGGCUACGAAGAAAUACCUGCACUGAACAUCAACAACUAUUCCUCAUGGCGUAGUAACAUGAAGAAUAUGUUCAUGCGCGAUCAGGUCUGGAACUACAUCGAGCCCGGUUGGACCUUGAACACCCCGCCGGAUAAGCAAUGGCUGAAGACAGAUGCAGACCUUCUGGCGAAGAUAACACUGGCGCUAGAAGAGACCCAGAUUUGUAUCAUCAGCGAUGCUCGGACGGCCCGCUGUGCUUGGCUGAUGCUCGAGUUCUUCCAUGCCGGGUACCAUCCGGAGAUUAUGCGACAACGGAUAGACCAGAUCGUGUACGAUCCCGAUGAAGGUAUGGUGGAUUUUCUUAACAAAAUGAACGAUAUGUUCUCUCGAUUGGAGAUCGCUAAAGCUAGUCUAUCGACCAAGCAGAAAAAAGACAAAAUUGUAGAAAAACUUCCUGAAGCUUUGGGGCUUCACACAUUAUUGAAUUGGUACGAUCUGGAACCUUUCGAAAGAUUCACAUCGGCUCUUAUUUAUGGAACCAUGGAUAUUAAUGUAAGAUAUCUAGGAUCAAACAGGAGACGGUCAUGUCGCACACUAUCCAUGGAGUACCUUCAACCUGUUCCCCAAAUGGCGGCAAGAGAACAACCGGUUGAGAUUAUCCAGGUAUCGAGAUCCCGUAGUAGUGCUUCCCGCUCCUCUGAGAAGCACAGUUCAAAUGAACAGAUCGAGGCACAGUUUGAGCCCUUGGAAAUUUCAACGGCACCAAAGUCUCCUAGAACUUCGCCCAAACGGCUCACACCAAAUAGACGGGCACAAGUUGAAGACGAUUCUUCUGAAAUUCAGGUGGCUAGGUAUCUUAGACUCUCCCCGGAGAAAAGGCGCGUUUCACGAUCGCCAUCCCCGGGCUACGAACCGCCGAUGGUUGAGAUUCACCCUGUCCCGAAUCACCAUUCUGAUGUGUAACAGCUACGCAUCAAUGCUUUUCGAAAACAAUUGUGACUAACAGUAAUAAGAUAACGAUUUUUUUUUUAAUUUAAGACAACGACGCACACUAUUCAAGUAAUAUUGUAAGACCUUCCAAUGCUUACGGAAUAUUUAAUUAACGAGCAACGAAAUACGUUGUUAUAAGACGAUGUAAGCAUGCAAUCUUCAGAUAAGGAACGAUCGUUAACCAUAAAUCGGGAAAGCUCUGUAACGAACAAAAAUAUAAACAUUAUAUUUUUUUAUAAUAAAA